AGGAACAACAAUGAUUUUACACAUUUUAGGGCUGGAAAGAUUAAAUCUGGGACUACACUCAAUAAGGCUUCUUUUGAAAGUAUGUAAUGUGAGCUCAGGAAUGGUAUUUGGAGGAAGAAAAGGGAUCAAGCGAUGGAACAGCAAGAGAGUGAAGAAGGAGGAGAUGCAGACCAGUACAUGGAAGAGCAAGAGGAAGUAGAAGAACAUGGAGGUGACAACUGGAGACCUUUUCAAGUCUUCAUGCAAACAACUCAUCAAGAAACUUUAGAGCUUAUGGUUAACGGGAUGAGGCAGCUACAAACUGAUUUUUAUGAUUUUCGAAAUGAGAUGAGAAGACGGAUGGAUUCCGUAGAUGGAAAAAUUGAUCAAAUUGUUAACCAUUUCUUUCCUCCACCCCCACCUAGUGCCACCUAACCUGAUAUCUCUCUUUUAGCUAAUCCUUAGGCUGGACAUCUUAGGCACAUGCAUUUUCAUUUUUAGAUUGUCUUUAUUCUACUUUCUUGUGUUUGAUGGUUAAGACUAAAUGCUACUUUGUUAAAUAUGUUGCCUUUUUAAUGUUCUAUGAUUGUGAAUAUUAAUGGCAGGAGUUGUGAACUUUAUAUUUGUUGACGGUUGCUUGUGAUUUUGAUGAUUAUUAAAUGCUUUUAUUGAGG